GGGGUGGGGGGGGCGCUGAAGGGAGUGAGACCCCCGUCCGCCCCUCGGAUGAACUAACUCCCAAUGAGAAAGAGGAAAAGAUGGAGCUUCACAUCUUAGAACACCGGCUCAAAGUGGCCAGCAUAGCCAAGGAGAGCGUGCCUCUAUUUACCUACGGGCUCAUCAAACUUGCCUUCCUGUCCUCCAAGACCAGGUGCAAGUUCUUCAGCCUGACCGAAACACCGGAGGAUUACACCAUCAUUGUGGACGAAGAGGGCUUCCUGGAGCUGCCGUCCUCGGAGCAACUCAGUGUGGCCGACGCAACGUGGCUGGCCUUGAACGUGGUGUCCGGCGGGGGAAGUUUCUCCAGCUCCCAGCCCAUCGGAGUGACCAAGAUUGCCAAGUCAGUCAUCGCCCCACUGGCCGACCAGAACAUCUCUGUGUUCAUGCUUUCUACCUACCAGACGGACUUCAUCUUGGUACGCGAGCGGGACCUGCCCUUUGUCACACACACCUUGGCAGCCGAGUUCACCAUCCUUCGGGUUGUCAAUGGGGAGACGGUAGCUGCCGACAACCUGGGCAUCACCAACGGCUUUGUGAAACCCAAGAUGGUUCAGAGGCCGGUCAUUCACCCUCUCUCCAGCCCCAGUAACAUGUUCUGUGUCACCAGCCUGGACCCCGACACACUCCCCACUGUGGCCACGCUCCUGAUGGAUGUCAUGUUCUACUCCAAUGGAGAGUCUCCUACAAAUACCCCAAGACCCUGGAAGCUGAGAAAUUCUUGGCCAAGUGCAAGCUCAGUCAGUGGCCCUGGGGUGAAGGAGUCUGUGGUAGGCAACGAGGACUGCGGCCAUAUCCGCUUCUUCUCCUUCUCCCUGAUUGAGGGCUAUAUCUCCUUAGUGAUGGAUGUGCAAACCCAGCAGAGGUUUCCAAACAAUCUGUUGUUCACGAGCGCGUCUGGAGAACUCUGGAAGAUGGUGCGGAUUGGAGGGCAGCCCCUCGGCUUUGAUGAAUGUGGGAUCGUCGCUCAGAUCUCGGAACCUUUGGCAGCUGCCGACAUCCCCGCCUACUACAUCAGUACUUUUAAGUUCGACCACGCGCUGGUACCUGAGGAAAACAUCAAGGGUGUUAUCAAUGCCUUGAAAGUCAGUCAAGCGGAGAAGCAUUAGAAGCCCCCCUUCCCCAGUUUCUCAUCCUCCCCAUGCUCCCCACCCCCCACCUCCAUCCCCUGCCCGCAACUCCCCACGUUCUUCUCGCAGCAUUUCUUAACAAACCAGAAAACGGUCCGUAGAGGCCGCCACGGACAGAGCCGGCAAGGAAGGGCUCAGGAGGAGCCGUCCCCUGGGGCCGAGGUCAGGCCUGAAGGGAAGUGGGGUUUGUGUCCGUGAGGACGCCUGCAGCCCCCCUCACCACCAGCGAGGGCCGUGGCCCCCCAACACUCCGACACGAAACACAAAAGAGACGUGCCCGGCACCCCGCUCCUCCCCCUCCUCACCUCGGCUCGGACAGAGAGGCAGGGAGAAGUCACCACCACCUUCAAGAGGCCGCCAAUUGGCAGGAUGGUAGUCGGAUGAUGGGAGGGGACAUUCUUUCCUAAGCCUGGUGUGAGACUGUGUCCGGGACACCUGAAUGCUCCGGCCAGCCCGGCCAGGGGGCAGUCGGUGGGAGGUGGCUGAGGCCCAGCCCACGGCCUUCUGGUUUCCUCCUUACUUCACACCUACCCGCACCAUUGGCACACCCCAUGCCCGUCACUUCUGAGACCCAGGUGGUCGACUGAGGGGAAACAUCUCAUCAGCCUCUUCCAGGUUUUAGAAGGAGCCGGAACCCUGGGGAGCGGGUGGAGCUAGCCUGAAGGUGGGGGGACCGGGCUCCCCAGAGCCAGAAGGAAGUGUAGUCUGUCCUUGCUAGCAGCUUUGCCUGGAUUCUCACCCCAGCGCGUCCCUUCUGAGCCCUGGAGGGUGCAGGAGUGGGGGAUGACAAAAAGGACCCUCUGCUGGGGUGAUUUUAAUAUUCCUUCCCCCCCCCCCCCCGCCAUGAUCCCUUCAUCCCUUCUGCUGCUGCUGGGUCACCUAGGCUGGAGGUCUUCACCGAGACCCUCCAAGAAAAUCACCUCCUCCCCUCCUUCUCCCCCACCCCAAGUUGUAAAAUCACAGAGCCAAAGGUACUUGGAACUGCUGGCCCGGCAGCCUCGGUCCUUCAAGAGCCAGCUGUAGCCCCCGACCACACGGGCCACGCUCCCCUCUCACCUCCGCCAGCCCCUGCUGGCCACGGGCCAUGCUCUCCUCCUGCCAGGGAGAAGAGGAGCUCACUGGCCCCUUUGUCAGGUCUGUGGCCCGCUCCCAGAACUUUCCACUGACUGACCCUGUGGUCUGCCCCGCCCCUUCCCCACUGCCACCCCAGAACCUUCCCCAGAGACAUGUAGCCCACAGGACAGAAAAGACCCCUCCUGCCUCCCAGUAAAAGUAGCUGUCAUACUCUCCUAGGGGAUAGUCCCUUGAGUGGCUUCAACCUGUAAGACCAUCAUAUACCCAGAGAGGUGGAGGCCUAGCAGCACUCGGGCUCUGCCCACCCUCUCAGGCUUUAGGUUUCAUUGGGCUGAAGGCACGCGCCCCCAGUGAUGACAGCCAGCAACUGUACCUGCGUAAGUAAGGCUCACAUCUCCCCUGGUCUUUUUGAUGUCUGGAGGCCCACCCUGUCCCUCCUUAGCCCAGAGCUGUACCCCCAGCUCUUAGAGGAAGGUGAAAAGUUGGUGCCUCCCUGUAACCCAUCGGCCCCCCUCCCUCUGCCCACCUCCCCUCCCCCAGACCACGUGGCAUUCAUCAAGCAAUUACUUGAACUCAGAGGCCCCUUUAAUGAGCCUUAAUAGAAAGAGAAAAUAAUAACCCUGUUUUAGUUUCUUAUUUAAAGUGUUUUUUGCACUCAGGCUGUUUUAGUGAAGUUCAUUUGGUGGCAUGGGAGCGGGGAGAGGGAGCCCUUUUCAGCGAGGACCCUUCCCCCCAGCCCCAGCUCCCUCACCCCCCCUUCAUCCCCCUCAGACUGGUACAUCCCAGUGUCCUGAGCCACCCAGAGUUCCCAGUCAGCAUGCUUGGCCUGCGUGUGUGCUCCUGGGCUUGGGGGUGAGUAGACAAGGGUGGGAGGGGAGACCAAAGAGAAGAAAAACAAGGCUGUGGAACACGGUCGGGGAGGGUGACUUCACUUGCCUCCUCUCGGGCCUAUUGUCCCAGUAGCGGAUCUGUCCCCAAGGACACGUCCCUUGUGCUCUGGCUCCCAUCUGGAAGAUGGCAGAAGUAGCCCCCUCGGACCCCCAAGGGGGGAGCCCAAAGAGAAUCCCAAAGAGGGGCCCACGCCCACCACUGUUUUGGCCUCCCCGACUCUCCCUCAUGCCCUUCUUGCCAAGGUCCAUUGAGUCACAGUGUUUCUCCGAAACACGAUGAAGACCCUUUUCCCUGAUUAGGCUUUUCCAGGGGGUUGAGGAGAGGGGCCAAGUGAGCUCCCCCCCCCCCCUAUCAUACACCUACACCCCAUUCUCAUCCUGAUCCUGCUGGAGGGAGCUUGUCCUGGGCUCCUGUUUGCAAGGACUAGAGAGGAGAAUGGCUUGGAGGGAGGACAAGGGCAUGGAGCGACACGUCGGGAUUUCUUGGGAUUUGUCUCCAUUUGUGGAAGCCCCCCCUGCCCCCUUGCAAAAAACUAUGGUCUCUAAUUUUGCACAAAAUUCUGAAAUAACCAAAAGUUGUCUAUUCCUUGCUGGUCCCCAGAGGGGAAAGUGUUAGGGCAGGAGUCUCUGGUCCCUCAGAGGCCCAGGGCAACCCAAAUCCUCUCCCUUCCCCCAAUUUUCCCCAGUGUUCCUCCCGACUGUGUGGUGUGCGUCUGUUAGUCCAUCCAUCCCAACCCUCCGAAUGCAUUGUGUUCAGCCAGACGUGACCCUGUUGGACACGUAUAUAAAUACCUGUGUUUUAUGUUGAUAGAGAUAUAUAUAUAUAUAUAUGCUGUAAAUAGCGUAUAUACCUGAGCAAUAUAUAUAUAUAUAUAUAUAUAUAUAUAUGUUAAUAUAUAUACUGUGAGUGUGUGAGUGCGUACACCUGUGUACAGACACAUCCCAGUUACCGAGGCGCGUAAGUGUCCAUGGGAUACUGCCAAUGCGGCAUCUGUCUCCCGAUCCAUGUGCUGGGCAUGUGCGGCAUAGCUACGCACACACACAGUCACCAUAUAUUUUUCAUUCAGAUAUAUGGGCAAUACAACUAUUUAGAUAAGCCGUACGGAUUUUUCAAACCUGAUGUCAAACAACCAGCAGCCACAGUUCGCCUGGGGUCAGAGUCGGGGCGGGAAGGCCCCUGACACGGAGCUCAAGCUGCUCUCUGGCCUUGUCUAUUUUGUCCGGUAGCCACUGGGCUUGCCACCCUGCCCUCCAGCCUUCCCGGUCAGUUGUGACGGCCAGACCAGGCCAGACCAUGGUUUGCUUGUUAGGGUGGGGGUGGGGGCAUGGGAGGGAAGCUCCAGCGUUGGGUUUGGCUUUUAGUGACACAGCUGUCCCAUUCCCCGGUUGGAUCAGGGGCCCCGUGGUGGGGCGUCCUUCAGCCAGUGACAGUGGUCACCUGAGUUCUGGUGUGAAAGUGGUUUCCCAUUAAGUUUGGGAAUAAGAUGGGCCUUUCUUUCCCUUGUCUCUCUGUAGAAUUGCCCUUGGCACCUGACCCUAAGGACAGGUUUCCUUCCGUUUUCCUUUUUAAUAUUCCUAUUAUUAAUGGACUAGUCCUUUUCAGGAAAGGUUACCCUUGAUGGGCUGAGUCACAGCCACUGGGCCCAGCCUGGACACGAGCUCUCGAUACCUGAAUCGGGAAUCGGGGCAGGCACUCACUGUCCAGGCCCACGUCGGCUGAACAGUGUCAGAGUCCCAUCCUGAGCCCAAGGAGACAUUGGGCGCUUUAUUUUGCCUGUUUGAAAAGGGUGCUGUGCUUUGGGGUUGUUUUUUGGGGGGGGGGGUUGUGAGUGUGUAUGAAUCCCGUAGCUUCUGAGUAGUUUAAUCUUUAUCAUUCUUUCAGACAAGAUGUGAUUUAGUAGCCCCCGUCUGCUGCCUCCACCAGUCGCCUCGCCCCCCCCUUACUUAGGACUUGUGGAGGCUAGAUGCGGCCCAUUCCGAGGGGGAAUGGGCAAUGGGGAUAUUUUCUGGGUUUUUAUUGUUGUUACUGGAGAGCCUAAUUUAGGCAGGGCGUUCCCAUUUCCAAUCAUCUUCUUCCUCCUUCUCCACCGGCCAGCCCCUCCAAAGGGCAGGGACAAGGAGAUCCUGAUAGUCCUGAUUCUCACUAAUAACCCUGGCACAUUUAAAACUUGCUGAGGAAGAAGAGGGUUGGUGGGCCGGGGUGGCCCAGACCGAAUGAAGAAAGCCACCCUGGGCAUCCCGCCGUGGCCCCAGACUGGAAAGAGAGGGCACACACAUGUGAGUGCGUGUACACAUAUGUGAGCACGUGUAUGCGAGUAUCUUCUGAAUAAGCAGAGAUGAUUCCCGGCCCUCUCAGGCUCUGCGUCUUUGGAACCAGGAGGCCACAGCCGGGGGAUUGGCCAUGGGAAUUAUCUCUUGCCCUCUCCCUCUGCUCCCCCGGCCCCCCUCCCAAAGUAUCUUGCCCUCAAAAUAAUUGUCCCUUUUAGGGCUGCACACAUUUCUACCUCCUUAGCGUGUCCCAUCACUCCACUCCUUGGCACCUGGGGCCCUUCAGGAGUCUGUUUUCUUCAGUGUCACCAGAGUCCUCUAGGAAGCUCUGGACUCCCAUUUUUGGGGGGGAGGGGGGUGCAUCCAAGUAGUUCUUUAGCUUGGAUGGUGGUGGAGCUCCUGGACACCCAAGUCCUUCCCUAGCAGCACAAGGGCCCUUGGAGGGCUCUGAGAACUUGGUCUCCUUCACAGCCCCUCCCUCUUGUGGCGGACCCUCCAGCCCCUAGACAAGAGUGGAAGUCCAUGAGGCCCCAGGCCAUGAUGGGAACUGCUUAGAGCAGGGAGCUGUAGGAAGAGAUCAGUGAUCCAGAUAAGUUAUGCUGGGUUUUCAUUUAAGUAUCCACAGCUAGGGAGAAUCCCAAGAGCUGCUCAGCCCAAAGUGGAUGGGUGGGUUUCACAACAGAGCUGUUUCCUUGGGCUUCCAGAUGGGAAGAAAAGGAAGAGGUUGAUGAAAGGGUCUUUAGAAGGCCCCUGGAGAGAUUUGCCCAAGGCUUAGCUAGGUUUCUGGGAGCUUCAGGCUCCCCUGGGAGUUGGCAGAGGCGAGAAAUGUCACAGGUUGUGUGUCAAAAGAGGUGGACCUCAGCUCCAUCCUCCUGGAAGCAGGGUCACAUCAAGCCAGCUUAGUGCUUACCUAUUUGUCUUAAACAUAGGAAGUUCUUGUGUCCCUAGUGGACCACUGACCUGGUACCUUUACCUGGCUUCUUCUGGAGUGGGGUUGGUUAGAAGGCGGCAGUGUUGGGCCACUGCCUUUACUAAGAGCUUGUGGUAGGGGAGAGCAGCCCUGCCCAACCACCAAAAGGCUUCUGUUUGUGGGUCUGACCCAGUCUGGCUGUCCCAAGGGAAGGAAUUUGACCACCCCAAGUGUUGAAAAUCCUCAGUGAGUUAAGAAAUUUUGCUUUUUUAAAAAUACUAGAUCUGUUAGUUUUACUGGUGUUUUCUUCUUUUCAUUCAGCCUCACUUCCUUUAAUGAGCUGCUAAAAUGUAUCUCUUUUCAUGCAGUCUCGUGAUUGCUUUUAUAUGCUAGGUUGGGCCAGUUCUCUUCACGCCCUUCCGAAGACCACAUCUCACAGUCCCUGAAAGCCCCCUGUGCAGAGUGGGCCCCGCCUGCCUGUCGUCCCCCCCCAGGCCGAGCUGCCAGGACAGUUCCACAGCUGUUCCUGUCCUCAUUCCUUCCCACCUGAUUUCUUUGAGAAAAGGCACUGGUAUGAGGAUUGUACAGUAGUUUCUGGGCACAGCCCCCAUCUCCCAUCACUCACCUACCAUGCACCCGUUGUGUAGACUUGGGCAUUUGGUCCACGUUAGCUGAGCUUCUACCCAGUACGGGAAGAGCUAGCUCGACUCUCACAGUGCCACUGAGAAGGGGCCUCACCAAUGCUCCAUGUGGGCAAGGAGGUGGCCUCAGCAGGCUUCUUGGUUGAGCUUUUCUUGUGGCCUGUUUCAGAAUGUUAGUGCCUGGGAAAGGGUCAUUUUGACCUUUAGUACGGACACCAUUCAACAGUUUGACCCUAAGUCGAUAAAACAGAGGGUUGUGCUUCUGAGUAGCUAACGGCAACCCCAAGGUGACGUGAUUGGCUAUUCUGCUAAUGGUGCUUGUCGGGAGGGCAUCUUUGCCCAUCCCAAGUGGAAUUCUAGCUGGAAGACCACAAGUAUUCUCAUUUUUCAGAAGGUGUUUCUUUGGAGUCCUGGAUUGGGAGCAGAAGAAAAGAGGUGAGGGCUGGAGAGGGCCCAAGGUUGCUGCCUGCUUGAUUUCCUUUCUCAGAUGGCUGCCAUCUUGAAUUGGCAGCCAUCCUGCUCCAUACCGGGGUUUAGCUUGAUAGCCAUUUGAAAUGUAGCCCCCUUCCCUCCUCCCCGCUCCUCACCUUUCUUCCAGACACUGGACAAAAUGGCUUCUGCGAUUGGGGUUGUUCUCCAAGGGAAAGAGUGGUGUCUUGUGCUGUGGUCUGUGUGUGGAUGUGAGCGUUUGUUUCUGUUGUAGCGGGCUGGGCCUGCCUCUUUCCCUGCUUGACCUCAGGUCCUUCCCGUGCAGAAGCCGAUCUCAAGUCUGGAUCGUCCCCGUCUCUUUCUAAUGAUCCAACAAAAAGACAAAUUGAAUGUCUCUCCUUCCACCUUCCCAGGGAAUCUUACUGAGUUAGCCUUCAACCCAUUUCCUAUUUAUAUAUAUUUUUGGAUGUGAGAAUGCAGCAUGUUCUAUUGUCGUGCUCUGAAGUGAUGUCAGUGUUGUGGGCCACUGGGUAGGGACUCGGUAAGGCAGAGGCAGUGGGCCAGAGGUGAAUGUGUUCUUGGGAAGAUCCUGCUUUGGGGUGCCCUUCUUGGGUCCGGAGUAUUGGGCCAAGAAGGCUCAGAGACAAGGAAUCACUCCCUAGCCAAGCACCUACAGUCAGACCGUGAUGUAUGGUGGACAGGAAGUCACGGGAGAAAGGGGGAAGGAGGAGCACGCAGUGACCCACUACCAUUUCAUGGUCCAGCUGAACACCAGGCUGGGCCCUCUGUGCUUUUUGGGGCCUUCCAGGAGCUGAUUUCCCCAAAUGGUCCUGCCCAAUUUCUGUGACUUCUGGGAUGUUUAGCAUCAGGCCAGAAGCAGUGGGAAGGUUAAGAGUUUAUACCUGAGACAGCCUGGGUUCUACAUUGAGGUCCUGGGGACUAUUGACUUAGUGGACUGUCUAGAAUGUCACAGUUCUGUAGCACUGGGGUAAGUUCUAAGACCCUCUGCAAGGGCCCCAUAGGUCAAGUACUUAGUUCUCUUCUGGGCCUGGGGUGUGGUCUGGAUUGACGGCUCUCAGAAAAUACCUUGGUUGACAGAUGGACUGAAAACUCAUUGAGCGGAGGACAGGAAAACUGAUCCUCUUUAAAAAGCAGCCAGAUGGGCAGAGAGAAGGAAGAGCCAAAGCCUGCCCUCUUGGAACGGGAGGGAUGCGGAUGUGUUCUCUGAAAGCCAUUGGCAGCUGGAGAGGGUCUUUGUGAACAUUUGUCUUCUGGGAGUGGCCAAAAUGAUGGUUUACUCUGUGUGUGUGUGUGUGUGUGUGUGUGUGUGUGUGUGUGUGUGUGUGUGUGUGUGUGUGAGCGAGUGUGAGCAAGAGCAAGAGUGCACUAGCUCAUGGGUGUUGUGUGAAGGUACCCAAUCCAUUCAGUAUUGAGGGAUAGACCUCCUGGCUAGAUGUUUGCUUAUGGGUGAAGUUUACAGAGUGGGUGGCCCUUGAUGUCACGGGAUCCCUCUGUCCCCCUCCCCCAAAGAGUCCACAAGCCUCCCACCUUGGCUACCCACUGCCCUGGGGUGCUUUGAACAUUGUGCGUGGGUGUGGGCACCCCUCCCUUCUACCUCUGGGAGGGAUGCACUUCAUUUUGUUUGUUUUCCCAAAUAAGUACUGUAGCGGGGACACGGGAGGGGGCGCAGCGAGUCCCAGGAGCACGAGAGGGCUAGCUCACUGUCCUUAGGAGCAUCAGCCCUGGUUGGUGGUGUUACCUCAUCCCUUUUUUAGAGAUUUGGGGCUCAUAGUUACUUUGAGCCCUUGGAGAAUGGGCACUCUCUGUCCCCUGCUCCAACUAUGGUGCCUGUCCAUCCCCCAAAGCCAUCCCAUCCCAUCCCCACCACCCAGGUGGAGAACACGGACCCGUCGUCCAGCCUCAAACCAGGCAGAAGAUUGUAGCUUCUUCUGGUAGCUGAGGCCGAUGAGGUAUUUUCUUUUCCUGACCCAUCACUUCUCCUCCCUCCAUGUUAGAGUGUGGAGGGGUUCUGGAGCCUCUGGUCUGGGGAAGAGGGAACAACUGAUUCCCCGCCUUUGUGACGUCAUCUGGCACAGACGAAUGCGGCAUCAAGGGCCAGGCAUAACCUGGUCAGCCUCCCAAUCUCCCCUUGGACCCCAAGGAGUGUCUCCCCAGCCCCUUCCCCUGUGGCCAUCACUACCCUCCAUCUCUCCCUGCUCUGUAAGGUCAUAGAACCGUCCCCAGCAGAACCUGGGAUAAGGAGACCGGACAAGACCAAGGUGGAAAUUAGACAUUCGGGGAUCAGCUUGUGGAGGGCAGUGAUGGUGGCCCUGAGACCCUCGGGACUGGAGAGCCGCCUCCAGAACCCUUUCCAUUACCCUGGAGUAAUGGGGAGGCUGGGGGUGCAUGGCAGGAGAGCUAAUGACUAUCGGGUGGUGGCUCUCUCUGUUCUCCACCUGGUAUCCAGUCCACCCCCCCCCCAGUCUUUUGAUGUGCUGUCCCCUCCCUCUUUCUGAAGACAUGCCAGCCCAGAGCACUUGGCUAGGACCACCCCUGAGUCACCCAAUGGCUACACCACCAGCAUCAGCCACUCUGGAGCACCUUGGCCUUGUGGUUGGGACGGACCAGAAGAUUGGUGGGGUGAGGGAGUGGGGGGGAAUUCACGAGGCUACUUCGGGGCUCCCUUUCCUCCCUCCAGUGUCCUCCCAUUUCUUUGGGGGUCUUGGGCAGGAGAAAAACAAAAAUCCUAGAGAUUUCAUGUACUGUACAACAGAGAAAGAGGAAAAAAAAAUACCUAAUCCCCAAACAAAUGACAGUAUAUUUUGUACUUUGUAAAGUGUUAAUUAAAACAGAAAAGUUAACCAAACACUGUCUGCUUUUGUACUGAUCAAACUGAUUAAAAUAAAAUGAAGCGUG